UAGAUAAAUUUGACGUAUAUAUUUCCAAAUAAAUAAUUUUCAGAAUUGUUAGAUUUACCGAAAUGAUAAAAAUGAAGAUGUAAGAUUUUAGUUAAAUAUUUAAAAUGGAAUCACGAGAAAUAUCAGAAUUACAGCAAUUAGUUUCAAGUGAUGCGGAAAAUGAAGAUAGUAUCGUUCAAGAUGAAUCUGAAGGAAAAAUUGUAUCACCUGUUAAAAGCAGUAAAGUGAUUUCAUCGUCGGGUAAUACAAGUCGGAGUUCUGUCGUACACAGUGCUAGGAAAGGUGGAAAUACAAUACCUGGCUCAAAAAUAACAUUUGUUAAUGAAAGAAAAAUUCGGGAUUGUAGUAAAACAACUGCCGUAAGGGCAAGAAAUCCACAUAAAGAUAGCACAAAUAAUUCAGAUACUCGACACCAUUCUUUUAUCUCUCAAGUGCCUGAUGUUCGGCAUAUGGAAAGAGCUUUAUUGGGACUGCUAGCAGAUUUUCACUCAGGAAAAUUACGUGCAUUUGGUAGUGGUUGUACAAUGGAACAAAUGACAAAUAUAAGAGAACAACAGGAAAAGUUGGCUAAGCUACACUUUGAUUUAGCUUCUGCAACUGUGCCAAGUCUAAAUGAAGAAGACAUUCAAAAAUCACAGAGUACAAUGAGUCAGCUGAUACAGCGUUUAGAACAGUUAAGUGAUUCAAUUGAGGCAUUACACAACACUUCUAGUAAAUAAUUAUUGUAUAGUUCCUUUUUACUGUUGUUAAUUCUUGCCAUGGUUCUACUUAUAUUUCAUAAUUUACUUAGAAUAGGUUAGAAAGUGGUUCUUUUCCUCAACACAUUAAGUCCAUUUUGCAGUUAUCAGUUGAAAAAUAUCAAUAAAAUGAAAACCUAGAAUUAUAUAGAAGCAAUAUAUAUUUUUUGUGUUAUAUUCAUCCAAUGAAAAAAUACAUUAAUUAAUUAGAGGCUAGUGAAUUAAUUAUACAUUUUGUUGAAUAUAUAUUGAGAAGGAAGAAA